AUGUCGUCUUGGUGUUGUAUCCUGGAGAAGCGCAUCGCCGUACUCGUCAAAGACGCCCCCGCGGAUCGAGUAAUCGACAACAGGUCUUCCCGCACGCCCCCGCCCGGUUGCGCGACGAAACAAGUCGACGUCCUGGUUCCGAAUACCCUGUAUGACGGCUUUGGCCUUGUGCCGUACGUACUCGGGGGCUUCUUUUUUACAAUUUUCGAAAUACGAUAUCCACGAAGGCAUGCAGUGUAUUUAUUCCAUGAUACGAGACGGGCAUUUGGAUGA